AUGAUGUCAAGAAACGCGCGCUUUGUGCUGUGUGGUGCAGUGGCAGACGCGGGCGACGUGAUAGCCAACGUGAGCCGCGUACGUCGCGCGCCCCAACCCCACUACUCGCACCGCGUGGUGACGGACGAGGAGUUAGACAUGUCACCAGCUGCGUCGUGGAAGCGUUCCCACUGGCGCGACAUGCAGUACAUUCUGCGGCACGAGGGCAAUCAGAAAGACGGGGUUCAGUGCUGCCCUUCAGUCCUCGAAAUGGUCACCAAGAAGGGCGGCCGAACCCCCACCGGCCACUACGUAGAACUCUACGAGGAUGGUGAAAACCAGCAAAGGUUGUUUGAAAUUUCUUGUGCUCCUAACGUUGUCGACAAACCGUGCCGUUUUGUCGAUGCCAGACUGUACAACGAGUCCAGAUGCAUUCAAAAGUUUUCGUACUCAUACGCCCUUGUGCGUCAUCUCCAAUCGCCAGCUACGGAAACGCCUCAACCGCGGAGCGAGGGACAUUUCUUCGUGCCCGGCUCUGGUGGCUGGUCAAUGGACUAUGUGAGAGUGCGUGCUGGUUGUGAGUGCCAAAUCAAACCUAAUAAAUCAAACAAACCCUCCCGUAGAAGACACAAGCAGCGCAAGAGGAACAGGAGGGUCACCGAAGACGAUGAAACCUGA